AUGGCUGCGAUAUACCGCUGCAGCACCGUCCUGCCAAUAAUGGCUGGGCUCGCACCGAGCAAUCAACUGCGUUAUCGGAGUUUCUCGCACACCUUGCUGCCAAUUCCAGUUAGCGUCUGCACCUCUCGAGCAGAAGGUCCUUUGCAGAUGCAAAUUGGUCGGUCUGAAUGCGAUUCCCGCGUAUCGCCUAUAGAACUGCUUGUUUAUCACGAAAAUAUCAUUAUUCUCAAGCGGCGAAAUGACUGCGAAAAACAAUGA